GUAGAGCUUCUUUCAUUAGCAUGCGCCGACAAUCCAGAAGGGUUACUAACAGCGGUUGACGACCGUGAUGUACCUUUUCUUGACUUUUUGAUAGAGACUGAACAAAAAGACUGUGUAUCACACCCUACAGUUCAGGUCUACCUAGGGGACGUCUGGCGUGGGGAUUUCAAAUGGGAUGACUGGAAAUACUUUUUGUUGUUCAUUCUGUGUCUGAUUUGUCCGCCAUUUUGGGCAUUUUUGUGUCUUCCUUGGAAAGACCGCUUCCACAAAGUACCGAUUAUUAAGUUCAUUUGUCAUCUUAUAUCCCAUUUGUAUUUGAUUCUAUUGUUUUGUUUAACGACUGUGGUGCCGUGGAGUAGUCCUGUUUAUUCSUUGAUACCUCGAUGGUAYGAGUGGCUUCUAGUCAUAUGGCUAUCGGGUUUGUUAUUGUCUCAGCUAACAGAUCCCCACGAUCGAGCAGGACUGGGUUGGAUACCUGUAAUUGUGCUUUUCCUCAGUCUCAUCGCGAUAUUUAUUCAUCUCAUUGCCAACGCUGUGGACAAAGAAAAUCGCAUAGAUAUGAUCUACACUCGUAAUCAGUUCCUUGCUCUUGGAAUGAUGCUGUGUUUUGCUCAACUCUUAGACUUUUURUCCUUCCAUCACUUGUUUGGUCCRUGGGGGGUCAUCAUCCGGGACCUCAUGUAUGACCUCGURCGUUUCCUUGUUAUUUUACUUAUCUUCAUGCUUGGCUUYACGGCGCACCUGACGGCUGUCUACCGGCCAAUGUACGGCGAAUCGMAAGAAGAACACAAGGUAAACGAGAACGCUACGUUUGGUUUCUUCUUCUGCUUUGAGCUUUUGUUUUUUAGUUUAUUUGGACUCACUGAAAUGGACAGCUUGGUACCUCAAGAAAAACAYCCUCGCGCCACUCACUUCAUCGCCAAGGCAACGUUCGGUAUUUACAACGUUAUUACUAUCAUUGUACUGAUUAACUUACUCAUUGCUAUGAUGAGUGACACGUACCAGAGAAUCCAGAGACAGUCUGAUACGGAGUGGAAAUUCGGUCGCGCUAAACUGAUACGCAAUAUGAAGCGUUCUACGACAACCCCAUCCCCGCUUAACCUCAUUACCAAGUUUAUGUCGUACCUUAAGAUCUUAUACAAAGCGAAAUGCAGAUGUUGUCGUGCAGACAUCAUUGAUAUUCUACGAACUGGCGACCAAGUACCAGACAACUUAUCAGUGAAUCUAAACGCCCUGUACACCGAGCAUCAUGUCCCAUCGUGGCUGCCCAAUGGAACAGUCAGGCAUCAUCGUGAGAGCAUUACACGGAACCCGCGUAUUGAAGAAGUACUAGAUUGGAAAYUAUUGGUUAAAAAAUUCAUCGAUUURCGCUCUCGAAGAGGAUCSACGGAGCAAAUUAACGAAGUCUCAAGACCUUUAAACAGCAAACCAGUAGAACUUUCUGCAACAAGCGUUUCUAAUAGGCGACCGCGGCCCGCAUCAGUGUUAGGACUGGGACGUCAAAAUGGAGGUUUUAAUUUUGGCCGACCCGGGUCAAACUUUGGCUCCAACAUGUCAUUACAUCGUGUUGUUAAUGAAACAGUACGAAAAAUCGACAUAGUCACGAGUAUGAGAGAAGUUCCCUCGGGUACGGAAUGACGCACCUGAAUUGUUAAUUUUCACAACACCCCCCUCUCCAAAACAAAUUCUACACAAUUAUGCGUAUUUAAAUAAAACGGAUAUCAAAAUAUAGCUGAAGCAAAAUUUCAA